AUGAGUAAGUUGUUUGUCAAUGGUUUUGGUUUAGGUGCCGUAGGCAUAGCUUCGUAUUUUUGGGGCAAGUCUUCUGCUCCCGUGGGGCAGGUGAUUCCUGAACCACCAAAGGGCAUCGCAGCAGGAGGCUCUAAUGGAAACAAAGUAUUUGAUCCCUCCUCGGUGCAGCCCGAGGGAUUUUAUAAAUAUGGAUUUCCAGGUCCUGUUCACGAUUUGCAAAAGCACCUGGAGUUCAUUGCAUGUUACGAUAGGUCCACCAGAAACCCAUACUGGGUGGUGGAACACAUCACUCGAGAAUCGAUUAAGAGGCAGGAAGGCGUUGACCGUAAAAAGUCGAUCUUCAAAGAAGAUGAAGCCAUUCCUGCGAAAUUCCGGGCUCGUCUUAGAGACUAUUUUAGAAGUGGAUACGAUAGGGGCCAUAAUGCACCAGCAGCAGAUGCCAAGUUCAGCCAGCAGGCAAUGGACGAGACAUUUCUCUUGACCAACAUGUCCCCACAAGUUGGAGACGGUUUCAACAGGGACUACUGGGCACAUUUCGAAGACUUUGCUCGUCGUCUUACCCAGAGAUAUGAUAACGUGAGAGUCAUGACCGGCCCACUAUACUUGCCUAAGAAGUGCAGCGACGACAAGUUCCGGGUCACAUAUGAGGUGAUAGGAUCGCCUCCAAACAUUGCUGUACCUACACACUUCUUUAAACUCGUUGUGGGAGAGAGAAAUGGUGACGAGAAGUUAUCAGUGGCUGCAUUCGUGUUGCCCAACGACAAGAUAGAUAAUAACGAGCCAUUGACGAACUUUCAGGUGCCUGUAGAGGCAUUAGAGAGAAGCAGUGGGUUGGAGCUUUUGCACCGGGUUCCAUACUACAACAAGAAGGACUUGUGCAAGGAGGUAAAGUGUGAGAUCAUUGUCAGGGAGUUUCCCAAGCAGAUGAAUGCAUUAGCAAGCGGACCCAACUUGCCAGGAUUACCAGCACCAAAAUAG